GCAAUAUGAGCCCAGCUAAUUUGCUUUACUUUAUUGCCAUUAUGAUAUACGGAUGUUGGCUUCCGUCUUGUUGGGGCUGGUCACAACUAAAUUCUAAUAAAUAAAUUUAAUCUCACUGUUUAUCAGAUUUAUA